GCGUUAUUUGUGUUUUGAAAAUCAGUCCGUGAUACAAGGAACCUAUAGCCAUUGUUUUGCUUGCUUGUUCGUUUGUUUGUCUUUGUUUAUUUGCUUGUUAGGCUAAGUUCAAACGAGGCUCGAGUUUAGAUCCUAAAAAGUAAAGUCAAGCAUCUGCGGUACCUCGACCUUGUUUUGCUUGCUUGUUCGUUUGUUUGUCUUUGUUUAUUUGCUUGUUAGGCUAAGUUCAAACGAGGCUCGAGUUUAGAUCCUAAAAGGUAAAGUCAUCUGCGGUACCUCGAGGGCCUUUUCCGCUCCCCUAGGCUGCGUUACAGAGGGUGAAGAGCAUGAUCGCGCGAAUAAUCCGGAAGGCCACGCAGGCUUCCCUCCCCUUCGCUUACCAAACACUAACCCUGUCCCCUAAACACUUUCUUUAAUUCGGAGCCGAAUCCUAACCCAACCCCAUAAUGCACCAUGGCGUUGGGUUUAGGGCUGGUGCUACGGCUUGGGCGUUGAAAUAGGAUUCAAGGGUAGAAUAUGUAUUGUGUGAUGUGGCCGCAGAUAUGCGUAGAAAUGAAUGCGCUGAAAAAGAUAGGAACAAAUCAUUGAACUUGCACCCAGCGUAACGCAAUACCCGAUCAUUGUAAAACACGUCAUGCUCGAUUUCCUAUAGUCUGCUUAGCAGCCGCUCUUAGUGUCACACAAGCCUUUCCACAGAUGUCCUUGGUACAUUCGCGAAGCUCAGCCAUAGCAAUGACUGGAAUUACCCCUGUGCUUUGCCUUGUGCUUGCACUUCUAUCAAUAUCGCAGAGCUUCCACAAUAGCUCGACUCCCCAGCGAGAUGUAAUAGUCAACACGGAUAAACCACUCCAUUCAGUUGACAGAAGGUUCCUAUCUGUGGCCAUCGACGUUCAUUUGAUUCGUAAUAAAUGGCACUAUUUCGAUACGUCGUCCGUCCGAGUCCAAACCUUGGCCAGGGGGCUAUCUCCCGCUAUUCUACGCAUUGGCGGCACUGACGGGGACUUUGCCAUCUUUCAAGAGACGGAUGAAAAUGCCCUCCAUGGAGAUCCUUUAUCUACAAACAGGAAACCGCUGGCGUUUGAUGAUUUGGGUCUAGAGCAUCCUUCAAAAUUUCGAUCAAAUUUUAAUAUCACGCCUGCCGAUGUAGAUAAGUUGCGUGACUUUGCGGUGAGCGCGGGUUUUGAUGUGUAUUUUGGACUGAACGUUGCGCUUCGUAGCAAAGACGGGACGUGGAAUUACACCAACCCUAUUGAGCUUGUCAAGUAUGCUACAAGAAAAGCCUACAAUUUCUCGUGGGAGCUUGGAAACGAGCCGAUGGAUCUCGCCAAAUUUGGUCAUCCUGUGGAUGCUUUCGAACUUGGAAAAUCGUUCCAGACCUUGAGAGAAAUCCUCGACCAUUCUCGUCUGGGGGGGAACUUGGUCGGACCCGAUAUAACAAGCAUUUCAAAGAGAAAGAAAACAGACUACCUCAGCGGGUUUCUAGAUGUCGCCGGUCACGCCAUACAAGCUGUCACGUGGCACCAAUACUACAUGAACGGGAAGAAUUGUUCGAUAGAAGAUUUUUACAACCCUGAUGUCCUCGAUGCCAUGAUAAGGGAGGCGAGCAUAUUAAACGACAUCGUGUCCCAGCAUGCUCCCGGGAAGCGGGGCUGGAUGGGCGAGACUAGCAGUGCGUAUGGCGGAGGGGCGACUAACAUGUCCGACAGAUACGUGGCGGGGUUCACGUGGCUGGACAAGUUAGGGAUUGCUGCAAUGCUUCAACAAGAUGUAGUCAUAAGGCAGACUUUUUUCGGUGGUCGUUAUGGCCUUCUUACCUUAGACCUUCUCCCUACCCCGGAUUAUUGGCUGUCGCUACUGUACAAGCGUUUAGUGGGUCAGCGGGUACUCGACGUGCAAGAUGCGCAAAAGGAAGGAAGGAUGACACGGGUCUAUGCUCAUUGUACCAAUACUCAGAACACAAAUUACAAUGCAAGCGCCGUCACCAUCAUCGCUCUUAACAUAAACACGGAGACAGCCGUUACGUUGCGCAUGACCGGAUCCCUUCAGGGUCUAGACGCUGACCAGUUCUUACUGACCCCUACGAAUGGGGAUCUCCAGUCAUCAGAUGUCGAGCUAAACGGCGAAGUUCUCAAGCUUGUAGAUGAUCACACCCUGCCCAGUCUCUCUCCGCGUCGCGUCGCUCACGAUAACAUAGUAGUGCCUCCACUGUCAUUCGGAUUUUUUGUCGUCCCCAUGGCAACGGCGCAUGCGUGCACGCAGUCCCAUGACAUGACGUCAUGAAGUGGUAACUGAUGGAUUUUUUUCUGUAAUAAUGUCUUCAGUUGUCAAGUCAUACGUACCGCAACCUUAGAAAGAAUUUAGAGAGUUGUUACUUUAAGUGGAAAGUAUUGACCCUGAUCCAAUAGAACAAAAUACGGCCUUUUACUCCAUACUCAGAACCUCUGUAUAAGUCAGUGUAGGUUAAUUUAUACUUUUUGCAACUGAUAAAUAGGUUAAAAAAUACUUUUUGCAACUGAUAAAUUAUUAUAUACAAUAAUCAAUUUAUGCUACGUCUAUAUCAGAAACUAGCACUUUUAAAAGAGUCUUACAAUAAAUAUAAAUUUGUAUUGUA